AUGACGACGAGCAACCUAUCGAACGACAUUUUUUUGGCCAUCGAAAGCAAUGUCUCCGAUGCGCUUGCGAAGUUCUCGAUGGACUAUGACCGAUGGGAUGGUGUCGACAGACAGCUGAAGAGACUGUCGACCAACCCAACGACGCAGCAGUUGCUGGAGGUGCAAAAUUGUAGGAUUUUGAAAGCUUCCAUCGAGAAGCUGACAGAUCUGGAGAAGGAACACCGUCUAGGGAAUGAACAGAAGGCUACCGCACUGAAGUACACGGUUAGGGUCUGGGAGCUCUGCAUGGUCCGUCAGAUGGCCCUCGAGCUUACCGGGAAGGAAGCGGCCGAACUUCAUCGCAGAAUUCCCGUUUUUGUGAGAAUUCUCAGUCGACCGAGUGUGGUUCCGAAGGUUUCGUUGCGAGGAUGCGAAUUGCAGGACGAGGACUUCCGCGAGCGGAGGGAGUGGCUAGCGGCCUUGUUGAAGACGUACGGCGAGAUUUCUGUUAAAGAGCCUCCUGUUCACGAUUCCGAGCUGGAUGCGGAACUGGAAAUGAUUCUAGAGUCUUCCCCUCAGCUCGAGCGUCUCGCAGGCGAAACUUUCUCUCCCUUGAAGACUUUGGAGGCGGGUCCCGAAGGAUCGCUCAAAUCUACGACCGAAACUCGUGGUUCCACCGCCCGUUCUGUGCUGACGUCCGCGUCAAACCUCUUUUCGAGGUUCACUGGGAGCGGGAGCGUCUCCGCCUACACUCGCAACACAAACGAUUCCAAUUCGGGCGCUUCCUCCACGAUAUCAAACCUCGAACCCAAAUCGCAGUCGCAGGCUUAUUCUUCCCGACCCGACGGUCGAUUCAACAAGCUUCUGCGGGAAGAUCUCUCAUAUGCUGACCGGCCAAGACCGGGCAGGCAUCGAGCGCCUGCAAUGAACCGACUGUUCUUAUUUCUGUCCCCGAGCCGCCCCUAG